UUAUGCGAUUAAUUCAGCUUUGCAGGCGAAAACGUGUUGUCUUCUUGUUGGGUUUGAUUACAUUAGUGUCGCUUUUGUCGACUUACUGGAUUGAAACUUGGGUUCAACAUGACCCUGAUUUUCUAAACGACGGUUCGCAUUCUAAGGAAAUAAAAAAUACAGAAGAAAAGGUGAAGCUGAUUGAGGUUUUGAGAGUAAAGGGAACUAGUAUUGAAGAAAAUGCGUUUACGAGAACUGAUGGUGAUAGUGCAGUCUCCCAUACUCCUCUACAGAAACUGCGAUAUAAUGUUACAACAGAGGAAAUGGUAGCCAGCAAGAUAAGGGAAACAGGAUUACUUCAAAGGCUUGAGGAGGUAUGUCUUUUUUAACGUUAAGAUUAAGGUGAAAAGUUAAAUUAAUUUCGAGAAGCUGAAUAUCACAUCGGAAUGUUUGAACUUUUCGAUUUUCCCCUCGUGUUACUUCUUUCGGUAGCUGUGAAUUUUUAAUAAACCACUAUCACGUUGAAAAACCAUUCAUGAAUCCAUUCAUGCGAAGGCCGAACACAUUUUGAUUCACUAGUGUUGAUGUACUAGCAUUAAAUUAUCCCAGCGUUAUUUUGAUGAUAUUCUUUUUGUUCAUGUACACUACAGUGCUUUUGUGUUCUUUUGUCGUCGGGGAAUACCCUUCAAGUGUCUCUCAAUUAUAAGAUUUGAUUCACAGUGAAACAAUUUAAACACAAGCUGACAUUUUUGGUGAAAAAGUUGUUGAAUAAUUGAGUGGUAUUUUUUCAUUUUUCGUAAUACUCUCUCUUAUGAAGAAGACGCAGUAAUUACUUCAGAUUUAGGCUUCAAUAUGUUCUGACUCUUACACCGGUUUUUUCAAAAUAUUUGAUUGUUUUUCCUCCUCUGUUUUUUUUUUCACGUUUUACAGCUUACCUUUUAUCCCCUGUAAGUGAUAGCAGAACUUUUCUGUGUGAUUAGAAUUGAGAUCUCUGACAUUUUCAAUGAUUUCUGCAAAUACCUCUUAAAAAAUUUAUGUUAACAUUCAUAUAAGAGCAGCUGAAAUUUGACAGCACAGAUAAAAUUGUGAUGCUCUCUAGAAAUUGAUAAUUUUUAAGUUAUAAAAGUUUGAUAAUUGUAUUAAUUAUGUACUUACUUUCUUUUUAGCUUGUUUCCUUUGAAUUAAGUUCAAUUUGCAAAUUACACUUUGAAUUACUAAAAAGGAUUAAAAAAAAUCAUAGGUUGUAAUUCUAUUUUCAAUUAAGGUUGCUUUUCUUUCGGAAUACCUUACUUGGAUAUGGUAUAGAAAGAAUUCUAUGAAACAAAAUGAGAAAAGCAAGCUGGACAUGAUCUUCACUAUAAACCCAUAACACUCUGAAAGUAAAGAAUUAAUUUGAUUCAAAAUGUUUGCUUUGCUGUUAAUUGUUAGUGAGCCUGCACUUCUAUUUAUUUGUCAGAUCUAUGACUGGAAGCAUAGAGUAAUUUUUUUUUUGGAUAUCCACGCUUCUGAUGACCCAAGGUAGAAUUGCAUUUGUAAAGAAGUUUCCAACUGCUGAGGAAAAUCAUUUAGUGCAUUCUUUCCCCAUUGAAAAUAUUAAUUUGGCUGUACUAAUUUUUCAUCAAUUUGGUUGUUUUACUGUUGAGACAAAAAAACUUUUAAUGAAAGAUUCAAAAUGUUGAUUGCUUAUUUAUGCCUGUGCUUUGAUGCAUCAUCUAAUUGGCAAGUCAAUCUCAUCCUGUGAGAUCAUCUUUUGAUGAAAAUCUAAAGUAAAAUUGAAGUUAGAAAGGCAAAAACUAUAGUUAACCGCCGAAACAGAAGGAAACUUAUUGAAAAAGAAUAAACUUAUAUUUUGCUCAAUGAUGCCUAGCUUAAUCCUGCAAGCUGGUAGUUUUUUCCUACUCUGUUUUUACUUCAAUUUUGUGUAAAGGAACCCAGCUGCCAGCUGAAAGAAACUGAGGAAGAUUGCAAAUACUAAGUGUCAUUAUUAUUUGAAUGUUCAUUGUAUUUUAUUCCAGUUCAACACAGAAUGCCAGCAUUUACUUUUACUUUGAAAAGUUUAAUUUUAUUUAACUGGUGAUGUUUUUUUUUCAUUCAUGCAGUUAGAAGAAAAGAUGAUGAGAAGGCAGUUGGAUGUUUUGGUGGCUAACCACUCCCAAUUAAAUACAAAGGAUAUUUUAGAACCUUUCAAGCAUGCUCUUGAGGCUCUUGGCUACAGAGUGGUUUUGUCCACAGAUACAGAAAUACUUCCUUACAUGAGAAAGAAAUGGCAGGGAAUUAAUUGGUGUUCUGGCAGAGAGACAUCACCUUGUUUUAAUAGCAGUGAUCUUGUCUUUCUCCAAAAGAAUCAGAGAGUAAGAAGGUGUUGUUAUCAACAAAUCAUAGAUCAUCAGAGGCUUGUAGAUCACAUUUAAUCCUACAGUAAAAUUUGAGAUUUUUAGAAAUUCCCAAUCUGAGACUAAGAUAUUUGCAAGUAGAAAAUUAAGCUCCAGACGUGCCAGAAUAAUUCAGAACUCAGAAACUGAUGAUUGACACGAGCUCAGGUACUUUCCUCGUAGUUAGAUUUUUAAUGGGUCUUCCACCCAAGCAAUCUUAAACAUUAUUUGAUGUGGGUUACUCUAAAUUUUUCCCUGUGCUGAAAGUUUUUUUAAUCUAAAUUCUUGCUUGAUGGUAUCUGUAAUUUUUUUUCAUUAAUUUCAGGUAUCUCCAGUUCCAGGCAUUGAAAAAUUACUUUUAAGGAAUGAUGGCUUUUGUUACUUGAUGUCAGCAUCAAAACUCAUUUCAGGUACAUGCAGAAAAGUCAUAAGGUGUCAGAAUAUUAACAAUUCUUAAAAGCAAAAACCUGUAGUACUGGAAUAUUUCAUAUUAAUUGGCUCAAAUUUUAUAUACAAGUCAUAUAUACAUUUUUUUUAAAAAAAGCAUUAAAUUGAGGAGAAAAAAGCUGAUUUGCUUUUAUUUUAUUAUAGUGUUUGAAAACAGACCUAUAUCACCUCCAUGCUUUGUGUUACCAGCGCAAAUCAAUGUGUCUCUGGAUCAAGAUAUUAAAGCAAGAGGAAGCCAGUAUUUUAUUUUGAAGUCUCUUGGAACAAUUUCUACAUCACUUCAUAACUGGAAAGCUAUGAAGAGUCUGAGUGAUAAGAAAAGGUAUGGCUGUAUAAUUUUGUUAAGGAGGGGAUUGGGGUAGCCUGGGUUGGGAAGGGAUAGUUAAGAUGUCAAACUUAUGCUGGGGGAACAUGUACUUGGCACAUACUAAAUGUCGGGAACAAGUAAGGAAAUUUUCAGUCCCAGAGAUUAAUUGUGACUUGUUUCCUUGAUAAAGGCUGUUUGGUCAAGUCCUUCCCCUUAGCAACAGCAUCCUGUUGAUAAGUAGCAUUCAUUGUGAAUGCAGUAAAUAUUGUAUAUAAUGUGUUCAAUGGUACAUAUAUUCUUUUAAUUCUCUUUGUUAUUAAUACCAUUUAAGGUUAAUAUGUAGGUAUAACUCCUGGCAGGCAAUGAAGCAGUCAUUUUUGAGAGACAUGCAUUUGGUCAAGUAACUUACAAUCACCUAUCUUCAUAGAAGUUAUUUUUUCUCAUUUUUCUCUCACAGAGGUGAGUCUUCAGAGGGCGUCAUGCAGCUUUUUCCAGCUGAUGCUCUUUUGAUUGAAGGCAAGGCUGUUAUAGCUCAGGUGUAUGUUCUGGUCACUUCAGUAUCUCCUCUCAGGAUAUACAGACACAGAAAAGGGCAUGCACACCUUGUGGCAAGAGAGCAGGUAACCUAGCUAUUAGGUGAUUUUUACCCUGAUGGUUUAGUGAUCACUUCAAGUAUGUGUUAAGUAGAAAAAACAAAUGAGGGCAUUUUAGGUUAUAAACAUCUCAUGCUUAGCUUGCUUAUCAUAUCUUGACUACUACUGCAUUCUCCCUUCAGUUAUUUGUGAUCAAUUUUCAUAAAAACCUUGUUCAGUCAUGAAGUUUAACUUUGGGCUUGUCACUUCAAACAAACAGCAUUAUACCAAGUUUAAGAACUAAGAUUACAGGCUUUCUAUAAAAAAUGCUACAAUAUUAAAUCUCAGGGCCUGUUUCAUUGUGCCAUUUUUAACCACUUCUAUUUAAACUACUCUUAACACCACAGAAAGUUCUCUCUAAUGCAUAUGCUAUUGUAGGAUGGUUUGGCAAGUAAUUGGAACUUUGAAAAGUUCUAUCUGCACUUGGUUGAAAACUUUGGUGAAGACAAAACAAGUAAAGCAAUUGAGGAGAUGGAUGAAAUUGUGGUGAAAAUGCUUCUUCUAUUGGAGCAGUCAUUGAUUAUGCACUUUACAGGGCUGAAUACUGGUGGAAGACAAAGAAGGUUUAGGUAUGUACAGUACUUUGGAUGAAACAACAUGUGAGAGGAAGGGCUUUAAGUCUUCAGUCCCAUUCUGAUAAGUGUACGUGAAGGGCUGGGGCAUAUGCCGUACAAACCAAAGAGGUAUCCAUGGCAGCCCUGUAAGGGGGAACAAUCUCAGAUGCAAGUGCUAACAUGCAUUGUCAGGCAAAACAGUUUCAGUGGAAAAACUUACCUCAAUAUGAUUACCUACCCUGUAAGGCAAGUCAUCCUGCAGUACAAGGCAAUGGGUUUACUUCAUAUGGAAUGAUUUUUAAUGCAAGAUAGAAGAUCUGCAGCAGCCAUAGGAGUCCAAAAGAACUGUCAAUCAAGCCACCUUUGCAUGUUUAUGUGAAGUUGUGGAACUCAGUCUGAAUUACUUUUAGACAUAUUUUUAGUGAGGUUUUUGAUUUUCAGAAAUACUGAUUUAUAUAUUGCAUAUAAAUUGAAAUUAUUCUUGUUUGUUUCAUGUUUAGAUGCCAGUCAUGUUUCCAGCUUCUGGAGAUCAGUGUUAUGUUUAGUUCAUCACUCAGUCCUUAUAUUUUGGAGGUAGGUUCAAGUUAAGCUUCAGGAAAAAUUUAUGAGGUUAAUGAUACUACUGCUCCAUUUGCUUAUGUGCAUUACUGUGAUUUGCUUUACCACUAAAAUGGUACAACAUUAUUGGGUGGAAACAGUUUGAUGUUGUCUGAAGAACAUCAGUAACUGUAAUGCUUAUAACAUGUGUUUGAAUUUAAUCAACAAAUAUGACUGCUUGCUAGCUUUGGCAAUUGAAUACCUAUAUUUAAUGACCAAGAAAAUAAUGGCUUAAUAAUGACAUACCUUUGAAAGACAGUGUAAUCUUAACUUGAAACCUUCUGGUCUAAUUAAUACAAAGGUUAUAGGUACAUUGUUUUAGCAGUUCUCUUUUUCUUAGCAUUCAAUUAUUCCAAAAGUGUAAAACACUGUCCUGUUUUUAAUUGUGAUUUUUAUAUUUUGCAAGUUUCUUUAAUUUUAUUAAGACAUUGAUACAAUAUUUGCUUUCUGUUAUUCUUACCCUUUCAAGGCAAAAGCCCCUUCUUAUGAGAUUGUUUCCCAAAAAAUAGUUGAAGAUACAGUCAAUCUCUUGUUUGAAAUGAUAUCAGUACCAUUUUCCCAUGAUGUUUACAAGACUGUAAAAGCCUUGAAGGAAACUGUGAUAAUCCAGGUACUUUUUAUGUUUGUGUUAUGAAUUUGAUUAAAAAAAAAUAAUUAGUUAUUAUGCAGCAAUGAAAGAAGCCUAACAAAUGAACAACAUAUUUUUCUUGAUGCGCGCUCUUUUGCUACUUCCCCUUCCCUAUUACAAUGUUGAUUUUAACAUUUAGGGGAAGUCACUAGGCUGAAAUAUUUUAGGAAUGUGUGUUUUGGUGUGUUAUUAUGUUGAGGAAGAUGGAGUAGCUUGAUGUCAGUUGGCAUUCUAUGACAAAACUCUGGAUUGAGAGAGUGGAUUUGAACCCUGGUCAGAUUACUGUGUUAUGUGCGUGUUCUUGAAAACUUAAUAUUCUCUCAUGAAAUUUGAUAGAAAACUAUUGAAUCACUGGGAAAUCAAAGGCAAAACUGCCCCAUUGUCCUUGCGUCAAAAUUGAUAUCACUGGUGUCUUUCAAAUGACAACUCACAAAAGCUCUUCUGAGAGAUGAUAUAGGAUUUUGAAGGCUCAAAUGAUGGCAGUAUGAAGCUCUCUGAAUAAUUACCAUUUCCUGCUCUUGUAAACUAUCAAAAUACAAUUUUUCAAAAUUGAAUCAUAGAAUUCCUUUUUUUUCUGCAACGUUGUGUUGAAUUUUGUUUUGUUCUUCUGUAUAGGACAGUGUCUUCAUACUGUAUAUUAAUGAAUGAAGCUGCAUGUGUGUGCCUUUUUUCAGUUACGAGACACUUAAAAAUUGUAAAUGGAAAGUGAAUAAGUUUCAGAGAUGGCUUGAAACAGAGAGUCAUUAAAUGGGGCUUUCAAAUGUCCAAAUUUUGCAGCAGUUCCUAACUGAAAUAUCUUACCCUACUCUUUCAAAUUAGAAUAGAAAGUGCCAAUUAGUACUGGAAAACUGUUUGACAGAUGACUUGUUAGAGUAUUUAUUACAAUCUCAAGUGGAGAAGCAACAUAGAGGAGACUUCAAACAGGUACUAACAUCCUUAACUUUUUUUUCUAUUGUUGGAAAGAUUCCCUGUAUGCAGUUUAUUUAACUGCCCCCUGAUUUCUUAGAUUGAAGACACUGGAAAGGAUAACAGGAGAAAUUGGUGGAAAUUUUUUUUAUGUAUUAAACCUUCAGAAAAUAACAGCCUUAUGAUUUCAGGGUAUUUCUGAGGUUGAAUUUUUUUGUUUUUAAAAGAAACCUUUCCUAUGUUAAAGGUAGGUAAAUAAUAAAUUCCAUCUAAUGAACUGCUAUCAAGUAAUGAUCAUCAUAACUUCAACAAUUAAAUCUAGAUCACACUUUAUUUAAUGUAAAUUUGUUUUUUGUAAUAUUGUAUUAAACUAAUACUGUGUCUAUUGCAGAUUUUAUUAAGGGUUAAUCAUUCAUUGUUUCUAUUUGUGAUCUAUAAUAACAGCUCUAUCCAACCCCUUAUGGUGAUAAGUACAACACACUGAUGCUAGAAUUACUUGACAAUGGAGUUGAGUUCAAUCAUGAACAAAGAGCUGAUUUAGGAACACCAGAUGUUCAUGAUUUUUUGACAGCUUUUGAGGCAGUGAGAUCUACACAUCCCUCGUAAGUUUUUAUGUGUACCGUGCAGGUUAGGUUAUUUCCACUUUGCUGUGUUAUGAUGAUUAUCAUGCAAAAAUGAUCAUACCAAAAAAAGAUCAAAAUCAUGAUAAUUGUUGUAAGCCAGGUAAAAAGCACUAACAUGCAAAUCUAUGAGUGUGUGUGAGCUUUCAUUUUCUGUUGGUGGUAAGACCCUUGAUAAAAAUUUGUUACAGCUGCAUUUCUGUUCCUUCUUUAAAGGAAACACAGAGAUGGUUCAGUUAGUGACUCACAAAUAUCUAAAGGUAGGAAUGAAUUUGUCUUAUUCAGAUGAGGUUAGACUUAAUUGUACCCAGUAAAAGCAAGCACUUCAUAUCCAUAUUUUUGUAUGUCCCAAAGACCACAUAGCCUUUUGAAAACUCUAAGGACUACAACUAGUUCUAGAGGGACUCAUGUGAGAAAGCCAUGAUCCAGAUGGUUUAUUCAAUAAUAUGAUUCAUGAUAAUAGUGACAUUGCUUGGUUGCAAAUCUUUGACUGUGUAGUUUUUGAGAUAUGGACGUAUUCAGGUUUACUUUUUGAGAUUUCUGUGGAACAGAUUUUUCAUUCUCAUGAAAAAAUAACUUUUACUGGUUUCUAAGCUUCAUGCAUGUAUAAAAUAAACCCAUUUUCUUUUUUAUAGGGUCAUCAAAAGAAACUGUUUGUGUUGAUGGUAGGUUUAUUUUGAGUGUUUUUCUUUUAAAGGUGAUAUUUAAUUUUUUUUAAUGUGUGUAUUUUAUGAGGCAAAAGAGUGCCAAUUCAAAAUCUGACAUCAGGCUUAUUCAGAUAAAUGAAACCAAUAUUUCUAAAAGACCUGCAUCUUGACUUUUAUCCAGAUCCAAACGUGGAUGGUGUCCUGACAGAACUCAGUUCUCAGCCCGAAAUAGUUCUUCAUCCACCUUUCAACAGUGAUGUCUUCAUUUAUCAAUCAACUGUUCCAUUUGAUGCCACAAUCCUGCAGCUCUGGGGUAAAGCUUCAAAGUGUCAUUUAGCUGUACGAAUAGACACCAAAUCUGAGGACAAUAGGUUUGUAAAUAUGUGUCACUCUAAUGAUUUGAUAUUGUGGAUAGAAAAUUACCUUGGGUCAGUUUUAUGAGUAGAAUCCCAUAGAUAAGGGAAAAUGAGGAUUGGUCAUGCAAGGCUGUGCCCUUAAGAGAAUCACUGGCUGUAUCAAGAUUUGAGGUGCCCCAGCUCUCGUAAACUUUUAUUAAAGUCAAUUUAUAAAAGUCAUCCAUUUACUUAAGUUAGUUGCCUGUGGUACUUAAGCUCUCUAAGAGGAUAGCUAUGUUAUUCUGCACACAUUGUUGGCUAUGUCUAGAUAAAUAUACUAUAUAUAAAUAUACUAUAUAUAAAUUAUGGUCAUGAUGUCAGCUACUUAGGCUUGCAAAAUUGAUAUAAAUCGAAAUUUUUCUGUAUCAUGUGAACAUAUCAUUUUAAUUUAUUUGUUGACAUAGUGAAUCAUAAACAGUUAUGAAUAAUUAACUCUGUUAUAAAGCUAUAUAUCAUUAAUAGUUGGUUAUAUUAUUUUGUUUCAGUAAUUCUAAUCAUUCUCUUGGUGUUGGGUGGAACAAAUUUUCCAUUUUUGUUGUUGAUACCAGGAAGAGUAGGCCUGAAGUUGUGAAUACCUAUCAUCUGUUUGUGUUUCGUAAAAGACGCUCUGAGACAGAGAGAAUAUUUGAACAAGAUUUUACCCAUCAAGUUUGCGCUAUUUACCAGGUAGUGGAUCUGUUCACAUCUAGGUGGCACAUGUGGUCUGUAAAUGCUGCCAUGUAGAAUUUCUUGUGUUUUCAUUUUUUCAGUGUACAAUGUGGUGAAAUGAGAACUAAAAUUGUAUGAGUUAUAAAUGUGUAUUUAUUGAAUCUUUGGGAUUUCAGUGGUGGUGAUGUUCCCACCUUCCAGAGAAAUUUAGAUUCAGCUGGUUUUUGUUAUUUAUUUUAUUUCUCAGUCAGGAUGUACAGAAUGAUUGGUCAGGUCAGUAGGACGUAUUCACUCUAUGGCCUGCUAAAUUCAAAAGUUUGUUUUAACUGAAAUCUUACUAGCUAGUAAUAUCUUACUAACCUUGUUUUCUUGGUAUGUAACUUACAGUACAGACUUCAAACUCAGUUAAAGGAGAUACUUUUUUUUUUUAAACUAGCUUUGCUCAAGCUAUAUAUAAAAUUGCAUACAUGUAGUUACUGGAAUUAUUGUUUUAAUUUUUCAAGGAGUGCAGCCUCAAAGUUUUUCCUGACUUGCCGUGUGGUCUUGAGAAGUUGUCAGAGUCAACGUGGAAGACUUUUCUCUCUAAACAGAAAGAACUCCCUCACUGUGAGACUGGGCACGAGUCAGGUGGAUAUUAAUUAUAAUAAAAGUAAUAACUUGACACCGAAUUGUCAAGAGAGGAUAGACAAAAUGUUCUUAUUUUAAACUUGCUUGACCAUACCCCUUUAUACCCGAACAUCAGUAUGCGUACUCUCUGCUCUGUUCUACGUUCAUUUCCAAAGGUGCUGACAUGGAUAAUUUGUUUAACAAUCAAGAGCCUCUUUCCUUUAUUCUUGCGAGCUUCAUGUUUGAUGACAGUCACUCUUAGGGGCCAUAACCCUUAGUACUUUGCCUUUACUUUGCAAUAGAUUGGAAUUCGACUGAGGUAUCAGAUAUCAUAGGAUACUUACCUUAGGUACAUGAAUAAAAUAGGAAAAUACUGUUUUCCCUCAGCAUGUGCCAAUGGCACAAAGGCCGUGAAAAUCAAUGAAAAAAAUUAACUCGAAUGAAACAUAGCUUGGUUAAAACUCACAACUAGCAGGAGGGAAACUAUUGGCUAUUAAUAUUCACAACCUUGGACGCAAACUCUUGUCAAUCAGUUCGCCAACCCGACGUUACCCAUAGAAAACUAAUUUUCUAAAGUUUUAUCUUAUAUAAAGUAGAUGCAAGUUUUUUUCAAAAGAGGAGAUGAAAUGAUAAAAUGUAGUUUCUUUGGGUGUCACCACUUUCCUAUUUUAAAGUGAGAAAAACAUUUACCACUCGAAUAAAUUCCUCUUAUCGUCAGGUCGUUGGGUUUUACCUUGUGCCAGCUGUGAUUACCCUUCUAGCUGCUUCUGGAGGCAAACAGUCUGGUCGCCACUCACAUGUCAGUACAGUGUUUUUUCCAAGAAUUAUACCAGAGCUUGCCUUGCAAACAAGAAGGUGAGAGGCAAAUUAAACAUUAUUCACAUUGCACUUGGUAGCUUGACUAGAUUAUAAGCGUCUCUAUGCGAAGCAUUAUUUCCAUUGCUUGUGGUUAAAGUUACGUUGCUUUCGACAUCUCAACUUUCGGAGGCUUGUUGUCUUCCAGAUUUUUAUUGAAGAGUGCAUUUCUUUUGAAUAUUGUAAAACCAAAAUCAAAUUCCAUAAGGAGCCAGUGAGAUCUCAUGAUAAAAUAAGAAAACUGCCAAAAAGGCGGGAAAAUGCGGGUGAUUAAGUUCCAAUUGGUUUUGAUGUCGCAUCUCAUGAGCAUAAUGCAAUCUGAUACAACUAGGAAUUGCAUUCAUCGCUUCACCGAGAAUUUCUGUAACUUUGUGUUGGUAACACACCUUUGAAUGUUUUGAACUUACGAAUCAAUUUAAUCCUUUUUAGCCAUAGAAAAGAAGAGGCUUUAGUAACAAACGUUUUCUCUUUUUUUUGUUUACUUUAGAUUCUUUUUGUCGGAGAUUCCACCAAUCGCGGCAUUAUGUAUUACCUUAUGGAAAAGGUAUAGUUACGUAAAACGAGAGAACCCAUAUUUUUGCAAAUGAAACUGUGUUAUAUCUAUGAAGAUAGGAGAGACGAGAGCAGAAGUUAACGUCUAGCUUUUGAAUAAAGGUGCUUUCUAUUUAUAUCUAAUUUUUUUUAUGGUGUAACUGUGUUUUAUUAAGGAGGCAAAGAGCUGUAGUAAUUCUACAUUACUUGGUUAUACUGACUGCACUAAAGAUUGAUUUUAUCUUGUUUCCAGUUCACGAAAGUAAGUUAAAGUCCUCUCUGUUUCUCGCUUGCACAACCUUAUGGCAGUUAAUCAGUGAUGUGUUAUUAUUCAGUGUAUGAACUCUUAGUUCCUUUGUAUUAACUGUGUUGGAAUCACUCUUUAUGAAAUGAAGUGCCUCUACUUGUCGAUGACAAAUAAGUGUAGUAAUCUAUAUCUAGUCGAUGAAGACGUAUGAAAACCGUCGGUUUUUCCUUUAUCCUUGAUUGGUUAUUCCUUUACUACAGCUGAACGGUUCAUUAAGAAAAUGGGAAAAGACGCAUACAAUGAAAAUUUACAGCGACGAGUUGAACGGCGGCCGUACCUCUGUCAGCUUCGCGUAUUACCCUCAGUUUUGGCUUCGUGAAAACAAGAGACCUGUCUUUGUCAAAGCGCUCUACCAGCUUAUAGCGAGGUAUCUCCUUAUAUGUCUUUUGUAUCAUUUUAAAAUACAGUAAAGCCCAGUAAGAAGUAACUCUCGUAGCUUUCGUUUACCUCCCAAUCAUUUUAAUUUCCAUGGUCAUCGCGUUUGUUAAUGAACUUUUUCCAUCUUAACAUCAGUCAGCACAGUAUUCAUGUUGGUUUUCUCCAUACUGUUCUUUAAAUGAUACAUUUCCUAAGGUGCUGAUAAGAAGAAUUUGUUUCACAAUGAAGAGCUUCUUUAGUUGGUGAACAUUUCUUUUAUUCUCGUGACCUUAACGUUUGAUCAAGGGGGAAUACUGUUGGAAAAAUUAGUUACUACUCUCUCUUAGGGGUUAAAGAGACAUUAGCCAUGUAAACCGCAAAAAGGAAAUUUUGAAAAAUCGGUUAACCAAUCACCUAAACCUACACAUCCAUUAACACUUCUACCGAUUUCGUGAUGGCAUUACAUGAUUUCAGUCGUUCAUAUUCCACUGGGAUCGGAAAUGUUUUGUUUGCUUCAGGGGUGAUAUUGUAAGAGGGAAUUAUACGCUAGUGUUUCUCAGGGGUUGAAGGGUUAAGUCGGCUGAUGUAACACGUGGAAAAAUACCACAAGAGAGGGAAAUUGUUUACCUGGAGUAUCUGCGGAAAAAUUUGAAAGAGACAUUCACGACCAUAGCUAGAAGUCUACCUUGAAGAGUAAUAUGCCCUUGGUUUCGCUUUAGUUUCAUCUAUUGACAUCCUCUCCAGUGCCUUUAGUUUGAGGAGGUUUCUUCUGAAAAUGAUGAAUUGGUGGUUGUUGUUGUUGUUCGAGGGAUGCAUGGUUAUAUAACUGAUAUGCUCAAAACAUCCUGUGGGUACUAAAAGGGCGUAUGCUAGAAAAGGGGAAAGGGGUGGGGAUUAUGGUGCUCGUUCGCUCUUCUAAAAAAAUGAUCAUUUAUGCUAUUAGAAUAAUUGAAUGCUCUAAAAUACCCAUUAAAAGAAAAAAACAAAACAAAAACAAAAAACAGUGUAGUAUCCCACAGUGGAAAAUCCUGCCUAACCCCUGUCACUAAGGCGUCCGCGGUCUAAUUAGCGCCUGCAAGGAGAUAAGUUGUAAUUAUGAUUCUUCUUCAUCUAUCAGGUUUCUUCCUUUAGAAAACAACACGAACACCAUUCUUGUUGUGGGUGGAGUUCAGUGGAUGGGAUCCCAACACAUUGUGGAGACCAAUAAAGCCUUAACCAGGUGAAGUGUGUAAUUACACCAUCAACCGUUAUUGACGCGGUUUAUUUUGUUUGGAAUGUUAGCAGAUGACUGUUGAGAAUGUCAAAUUUUCUAUUUUAUCACUAUUAUAAAAAAACAGAAAUGAGUGAUUGUACUAUAAAUAAUGUGCUGUUAUUCAUUUUCUUAUCAUGAAGUAAUUUUUCUUCAGUCUUGGCUUGAACGGAAUCAAGGUUGUUAUCAAGAGCCUGGGCUCUGGAUUCCACCUUCCCGUACCAGGACUUCCUCGUCACAACUUGGUAAAGUUGCCAUUGUUGCAUGUUAAAUCCUCAUAUGAACUCUAGUAUAGACAACGUUGAUCGCUAAUGGCAUGUUUUUCACAGGCAGAACAGCGUAAAACUGCUGAACGGAAUGAGAUGGUAAUUAAAGCUGCUACGCGGUUGGGGUAUGAAGUAGUGGACACUUUUGGAAUGACUGUUUCUAGAUACAAGGACUUCCUCCUGGGAAACUGUGGCUGCCAUUUUCACAAGGUGACGUUAAUUCUUAAACGAUUAGUUUAAAUUCCUAAUAUCUCUUUGGCUUCAUGCUCCGGCUAGCAACUGAUGGUCAAUACUGAGAGGGUAACCAUCACUUAUCAGAGAUCACCGUAGUGAUUUGGGGCAAUUUUCCAGUGAGUGUCAAAGUUAUUCCUAAUCACACCCACAACCAAUCCUAUUCCAAACUAAAACAAAUCGCGACUUGUCCACUAUCUUUUCCAGCGUUUCAGCCAGUUUGCCUCAUUCUUACGUUGAGUUCUGAUUGGCUCCUCAUAAGAUUUUUCUUUACUCUGAUUGGCCGUUGGGGUAAGUUUUUUUUGUGCGACACUAUUGGAAAAGCACUUUAUACCAGAGUUUCUGUGUAAUACUAACCACUCACGUAACAUUUAACUUGAAUCCCAAGAUGUGAGAACUAAUUUUCCUAAAUAAACAAUUAUACAAUUCUUUGUUGGCCUUUCCUUAUAAUUUUUUGGUAUACCGAGACGUUACCCGUGGUUAAACAGUCUUAAUCAUGAACGCUCCUGGGAGUUGUAGGCCUAUAGAAGCAGAUGCAAUAAAUCAAGCGAGCUGAAGUUUAAAGCGAUGUGGUUUUCAGGUCGUAGACAUGAGGUCCUUGAUAAAGGAAGAGGAUGAAGUUCCAUCUCCAUUGUUGGAAAACAGUAACAGACAGACCGACUUCUUACCCAGAUAUCACGUGAUGGGACCAAUUAAUAGUAUUUACUCAGAGUUGGUAAUAAGCAGAAUGUGCAGUUGAAUUUUCAAAUAUUUUGUUUAUCCUAUAAGUUUUUUCGUUUCUUUCUACAAAACUAAACUGCAACAGUGAUUAUAGCAGGUAAACUAAAGGUAAAGUACAAUAACGAAUACAGUGAACCAGAAACCUGAUCAUUGCUAACCCGUUUUUAAUGUCUAUGAAAAUAUUUUUUUAAAAAACAAAUUAAAUUCUUAUGGUUCAGAAGGCAUCAUUUUUACACAUAAGAAAAUAACGUGGUUUUUCAAUUCAUAUCCUCUGUACAUAUUAAUUAUUACAAUAUUUCAAAUGAAUUCCAGAUCUUUCAAGCUAAGAGUAUCAAUAUUUAUUAUUAGAGUUGUUAAUUCAAAAUAGAUAUAUACAUAUCGAAUGAUAAUGUGCAAUUAUGAAAGGGCCGAUAUUAUUUACCUAUUAUUUACCUUGAAGUAUUUAUAGUGUUACAUAUAGAUUACAUCAGAACAUCGUCAUUAGCGGAGCUAGUUGUGCUACCCAUGACUGAUCAUUUGACAGCAUUUACACUUACAAGUUCUUCGUGACAAAUGUACUUGUGUAGAAAAAAUAGCUGUGGGGAAUUCCCUGAAAUCCUUUACACUUUCUUUGACAAUUCUCCAUGUAAAGUCAUCUACUCGACUUUCCUCAGGGAGCCUUACAAGUUUUUCCUUAACUAAUCCUCUUUUGGGCGCGGUAAAACCAUUCCGCAUUUACCGCAGAAUCUUCUCAAGAGAAACCUCUAACUGUAGGUGUGGUGUUAAGCCUAUUUUAAUGUUGUGCCUCUCUCCUGUGUGUCAGACGAAAUGGUGGCUUGUGGCAACUAUUUGGGUCCUUACUUAAAAAAAAAGGGGCGAAGCCGCGAGUUCAGGGUAGAAUCAAUUUGUUACUGUAGAUAUGAAUGAGGUCGACAACAUUAGGUACGGCUUUUAACCCUUUCACUCCCACAAGUGACUUAGACAGAAUUUCUCCUUACAAUAUCAAUACAAUAUCAAGCACGUAGGUGAUGAGAAUAGAGAAGAAUAUCAAUUAUGGGAUUAUUAGUUAAUCCAAUACCAAAUUCUCUAAACUAACAUCAUAAGAAUUGUAUAGCAGAUAGUAAGGAGAAUUACUAAAUAGAUCUUGGGAGUGAAAGGGUUAAAACCUUAUGGCCACUUUUGGAUUUAGUCAGGGUUAGUGCGACACACGAGAGGUUCGGCGUUUGAAACGGGCGUCAGAGAAUGAUUAAUGUCAAGGAAGGACUGACUCCCUCACUAAACUGCGUUGAUCGCAUGCAAAUAAAGCCAUCUAACUGAUGUCUCGAUAGACGUGCAAUAGCGUAAAUUUUAUGGAGAAUUGAUUGUGCAGGAAGGAAAAUGUACCUUUUUCAAUGGAGAAGUGGAAUCAAAUAUGUGAAGGAAAGUGAG